UAACGAGCGCUAUAAUUUUAUUUAAGUGAAAAGUCCAAUAUGGCGACCUCCAUGAUGCGGCGAGUCUUGGUACACCUACAGAAACCGAAUGAUGUUACUCCAACACCUGCUAAAUUUACACAGUGUGUUUUGGACUGUUUUGGCACAACAACACCAACAAUGGAAAUAUCCGUUGAUAUGAAUGAAGAUCAUCUAAUCAUAACUGACUCAAAGUAUUCAGAUGGCAAAAAUUGUAUAAGAAUUAAGCAUCCCCCAUUUUGCCCAGUGCAAAAACUGUCUGCUGAUGAGGAAUCCUGUCUCAGCCCAGAUAUUUUAAAUCGAGGCAUAGAUGUUGGAGCAGCAGUAAUUGUGGAAUCUGCAGACAAUAAGAUCUUGUUGACAAGGAGAGCCUACCAUAUGAGAACAUUUCCAGGUGUAUGGGUGCCCCCUGGUGGUCACAUAGAAGUUGGUGAACAGUUUCAGGAGGCAGGUCUUCGGGAACUGAAAGAAGAAACUGGCUUAGAUAUAAACCCCUCAAUUUGUGAGUCUAAACAACUGACUGCGUUGGCUGCAUGGGAGUCAGUAUUCCCACCAAGAUUAUCAAGAGGUUCACCAAAGCGCCACCAUGUAGUUGUAUACUUACAUGCCAAGUUGGUCCAGCCUUAUACUGCAGAGAUUUUACAGGGUCAAAUUGCUGUUGACGAUAAAGAAGUGGGGGCAUACGCAUGGCUCAAUCGGCAAAUUAUUGAAGGGAUUGUCGCUACAAAUGAAGGGGAAGAUAACCUAUCAGAAAAAAUUGCAAAUGUUCCAGAAACUUUCCAUGCAUCUGUGAUACAGGAUGGGCAUACAGCACAUCAGACAUUCCCCACAUCUAAUCUUCUAGCUGUAGUCCCUGAGGAUGGAAGUGACAUUGAAAGAGUCAGUACAGGGACAAAGUUUGUGUUAGGAGAAUGGCUCAAGCUUACAAAACAACAAGAACAUUGAAUGUCCAACUUGUGAUAUCCAUAAAUUGCAUAAAUGCAGGCAAUAUACAUAGUAUUCAGAAUGUGCAAUAUUAGAUAAUUACAAGAUUUUAAAUAAUUUUUGUCUUUCUUUUUGUUGCCAAAAAUGUAUAUUUCAUUAAUAUAAUGCUACAUUGCUACACAGUUGUCUCGAUAUAUUUUAAAUACAGACUUGACAUUUAAUAUGGAGUAUUUUUUCAGUCUUUUUUUCCUUAAUUUUUACCUCCUUUUCUGACUUAUAAAUGAAAACAAGAAUUAAAACAUUGUUUUAAUAACCUAAAAUAAUGAAUGCAGUUUAAUUGUGACAUCAGCUGUUUAAUGGAAUUCACAUAAUUGAGCAAACAAAAAUACAUGGCUAAUUGUAAUUCGUACAACAACCAAUGAAAGCAUUAUUUCAAUCUCCACAUUUUCAAAAUGAUCAUCUGUGAAAGUGUUAUGUUUCACAAAAGAUGCUCCUAUCAAAGUCUAGUUACAGUAACGGUCAGUGAUGUGUCUGGCCUCAUCUGGCUACUGCUAGGGCUCUAAAGUGGCAAGGUAUUGCUUCUAAUGUUUUUUUUUUUUUUUAGUUUGAGCUGGAAUUAUAUGGCACCAAUUUGAAUUCCGCCCAAAAUACAGAUGCUUCCACUGCCCGAAGUGAAUUUAUUUUUAUUUGUAUUUAUUAAAGCUAAAACGUGUAUUUAGAAAAAACAAUCUACUUAAUCUUGUCAUUUUAGUAUAGGUUAAAAAUAGGCAUCUUUAUUUUGUAUGUUACGUGUACUGUUAUAUUUAUAUUUACUUAUACUGAGGGAAAGAGGGAGAGUUGGUGUGCAUUUGUUUGAGUCACUGGUUCAAACUUCUAUAUUGCUGGUUUUAAACUUUUUUGCAAGAUUGUCCUUAUUUUGCUAUAGAAUAAAAAAAAUUAGUAUUAUAAAUACGGCAUCCACAUUAGUUGAAAUAAUACUGUUGAUGGCAUUAUUUAUUUUUAUUUUUUAUCAAUUGUACCAGCCGAGUUUUUGUUAAUUAUACACACUAGGACUCCAGGAAAAGUGUAUGCUGACCAAAUGUGCUUUAUGUACAUAUAGAUGUUUAUAUGUACGUU